GUUUACUACCUUAUAUAUAUACAUAGAGAGUCUACCCUUUGCAAAGGCUCUUGGUUCGUAUUCCUACCGUUAACAAACAUUAACAGAAGGGAUUGUGGUCGUUAGAAUCCGUUUAAGUAGAUAAAAAAAGUGGCGUAAAAAGUCAAUAAAGUUGACAGAAAUACGAGAGUGCUUGUUGAACUUGCGUCUCCGUUGAUUUGUUUUUUGUGCUGGUAAUUAUAUUCGAAAAUGAACGCUACUACGGAUGCUAUUAUAGGCGGCGGCUUUCAAGCUGUUCGUCAACAAAUCCAACAACUGCACCCCGAAUUAAACUUUUUCGAACAAUUAUGGAUGAGUUACUACAAAUGGUUCGACAACGAUGUGGUGGCAACUGGUUUGAUGUCUUUUAUCCUUCAUGAAGUACUCUACUUUGGUCGCUGUAUCCCUUGGAUGAUCAUCGAUGCUCUCCCUUUUUUCCGUCGCUGGAAAAUUCAACCUAAAAAGGUCCCCUCUCUUGCUGAACAAUGGGAGUGUACUCGAUUGGUUCUUUUGUCUCACUUUACCGUUGAGCUUCCUCAAAUUUGGCUUUUCGAUCCUAUGUGUGCUAUGUUUGGCCUAUCCACUGCAGUCCCAUUCCCUUCCAUCACUAAAAUUGCUUGGCAGCUCGCCAUCUUUUUCUUUCUAGAAGACACUUGGCAUUACUGGGUUCACCGCCUUUUCCAUUAUGGCUUUCUAUAUCGCAUUAUUCACAAGGUUCACCACCGCUACAGUGCCCCGUUUGGUCUCUCUGCUGAAUAUGCACACCCCCUGGAAAUUGUGGGUCUUGGUGCCGGUACCGUCGUUGUUCCUUUAAUGUGGUGUUAUUAUACUCAUGACUUACACUUGGUCACUAUGUAUAUUUGGAUCAUGUUACGUCUUUUCCAAGCUGUAGACUCUCACUCUGGUUAUGACUUCCCCUGGUCCUUGAACAAAGUUUUGCCCAUAUGGGCUGGUGCUGAACAUCACGACUACCAUCAUAUGGCUUUCAAGGACAAUUAUUCUAGUUCUUUCCGCUGGUGGGAUUCUGUCUUUCACACUGACAAGAAUUUUCACACCUACAAGGCUCGCAAGGUUGAGAGUGAGCGCAUCAAGAAAUCCACUUAAAAUCGUCAUCAAGCAAUGUAUCCUUCAGCUUCCUUGCUGUUGGGAUCUGUGUUUCUAUAAUGAAUCUGGUUUAUCAUAAUGCAACACUCUUAUUAUUCUUUUGGCCAUUGUUUCUUUCGGUUUUGGUCUUACAUCCUCAAUUUCUUUCCUUUUUCCGCCCAUUUGAUUUGAAUUGUUUGACUCACUCUUACUGUCUUCGUUUCAGUCACCAUUUGCCAUGUCUAUAUUUCUCUUUCCUUGGUGUGUUUCAUUUGGUUUUUCUCUUAAUUUUUCCAAGCACUUUUUCCAUACAUCUAUUAUCGUUAGAAAGUACAAAUGCCCAUGAUAGCUUUUCUAUGAAUUCUUUGCAUAUUUUCAAGUUUCACAAAUCGGGUUAUGGAUGUUUACUUUUGCCUGAUGUAGGAUUUCAGUUUCCUUGAUUUCUUUAGUUUAAUACAUUCGUUCGAUUCCUCUACUUCCUAUAUCUUGGCUGUAAGAAAGAUUGUAGUAAGAGGUGUCGAUUGUAUAUUGU